CGCAAUUAUACAUCAAUACAUUGUGGAUAAAUAUAUAAACGAGAAAAAAUGGGAAAUAUGAGAAGCUUAGUGAAGACGUUAAUGGUGGUUCUAUUUCUUGGAUGGAUUUUGGUUUGGAUUAUGAUUUCAACUAAUCUUUUUAAAAGCAAAUGGACCCCGAAACUCUCCAAGUAUCUCAAUACUACUUAUUUUGGCCCUCAAGGCACGAAUCUUGUGCUUCUCACGGUUCCCAUGAUGUUCAUUGCGGUUCUAAGUUGUGUUUAUUUGCAUAUCCAGAAGAAACCAACCCAACCUCAAAGAGAAUGGAAGCUAAAAAGGAUAAUGGGGAGGGUGAUUAUGGUGAUGAACCCAUUGGGGAUAGUGACAGCCACGGAGUUAACUUUUUCUCUAUUGUUUGUUGCUCUUUUGGCUUGGUCCCUCUACAAUUAUCUCUACCUUAGCUAUCACGUCCACCUUCAUAACGACGACAACGCAAAAAUAUGGCAGGCAAAGUUUAGGGCUUUCGGCCUGAGAAUAGGAUAUGUGGGCAACAUCUGUUGGGCCUUUUUGUUCUUCCCGGUGACAAGAGCCUCUACGAUUCUGCCACUUGUCGGGUUAACGUCAGAGUCAAGUAUAAAAUAUCACAUUUGGCUUGGACAUGUCUCAAAUUUUUGCUUCCUCGUUCACACAGUCGUUUUCCUUAUCUACUGGGCCAUGAUCAAUAAGUUGAUGGAGACGUUUGCAUGGAAUCCAACAUAUGUGCCUAAUCUGGCCGGAACAAUAGCGAUGGUGAUUGGAAUAGCGAUGUGGGUGACGAGUUUACCAUCCUUUAGACGAAAGAAGUUUGAGAUUUUCUUCUACACUCACCAUCUCUACGGUCUCUAUAUAGUCUUCUACGUAAUCCACGUGGGAGACUCGUGGUUCUGCAUGAUCUUGCCAAACAUCUUUCUCUUUUUUAUAGACCGAUACUUGAGAUUCUUACAAUCCACCAAGAGAUCCAGACUUGUGUCUGCUAGGAUCUUACCUUCAGACAACCUCGAACUCACUUUCUCCAAAACCCCAGGGCUACAUUAUACCCCAACAAGCAUAUUGUUUCUACAUGUGCCAAGCAUUUCGAAGAUUCAAUGGCAUCCAUUUACUAUAACUUCGAGCAGCAACUUAGAGAAAGAUACAUUAAGUGUUGUAAUCAGAAGACAGGGAAGUUGGACUCAAAAGCUUUACACACAUCUCUCUUCUUCCAUUGAUUCUCUCGAAGUUUCUACUGAGGGUCCGUAUGGCCCUAACUCUUUUGAUGUCUCAAGGCAUAACUCUCUAAUACUAGUGAGCGGUGGAAGCGGAAUUACACCCUUCAUUUCGGUUAUCAGAGAACUCAUAUCUCAGAGCCAAAACAAGAGCACAAAGCUACCAGAUGUUCUUCUUGUUUGUUCUUUUAAACAUUACCAUGAUCUUGCGUUUUUAGACCUAAUCUUCCCACUGGAUAUGUCAGCCUCUGACAUUUCUAGGCUGAAUCUCCGAAUUGAGGCCUAUAUUACAAGAGAAGACAAGAAGCCCGAGACAACUGAUGACCACAGACUUCUUCAAACAAAAUGGUUUAAACCGCAGCCUCUAGACUCUCCUAUCUCACCUGUUCUUGGACCAAACAACUUCCUCUGGCUCGGAGUUGUGAUCUUAUCAUCAUUCGUCAUGUUUCUCUUGCUCAUAGGGAUCGUCACACGUUACUAUAUAUACCCUGUUGACCAUAAUACAGGAUCCAUCUACAAUUUCUCAUAUAGAGGGCUUUGGGACAUGUUUCUAGGAAGUGCGUGCAUUUUCAUCUCUUCCAGUGUAGUUUUCUUAUGGCGCAAGAAACAGAACAAAGAAGGGGAUAAGGAGUUCAAGAAUCAGGUACAAAGCGUAGAGUUUCAGACACCCACUUCUUCUCCAGGUUCAUGGUUCCACGGCCACGAGAGAGAGCUCGAGAGUGUUCCCUAUCAAUCUAUAGUACAAGCCACUUCAGUCCACUUCGGCUCCAAACCUAAUCUGAAAAAGAUUCUACUUGAGGCUGAGGGUUCAGAAGACGUUGGGGUGAUGGUUUGCGGACCAAGAAAGAUGAGACAUGAAGUUGCAAAGAUAUGUUCAUCUGGUUUGGCUAAGAACCUUCACUUUGAGGCAAUUAGUUUCAACUGGUGAUGUAUUCCAUGUUCUAACUAUGUGUGUUUAUAUUCAUCGUAAUAACUUUUGAUGUUUUAGAUGGUUUGCUGUUUGAUUUUCUAUUUUUAAUACAAUUUAAAAUGGAAUGUUAAUGUAUAUGUUAUCCUGCACCUUCAUUAUUAUCAAUUUCUAAUCAUCAUUAAUCCUAUUGAGCCCAUUAUAGACUUA